AUGAUGUACGAGAGUGUGGACGUUGUGGGACUGAAUCCCAGCCCGAACCCGUUUUUAAUGAUGGAUUACUACAACCAGAGCAGAGGAUGCUUGAUCCCAGAGAAGGGGCUGGUGCCCGGAGCGCCCCAUCCUUACAGCGCGUCCAUCAGGAACCAGCACUGGAACGGCUCCAACCACUCGAUAGAGACCCAGAGCACCAGUUCAGAGGAGAUAGUGCCAAGCCCGCCCUCGCCUCCCCCUCCGCCCCGCGUCUACAAGCCCUGCUUUGUGUGCCAGGACAAGUCCUCAGGGUACCACUAUGGUGUCAGCGCCUGUGAAGGCUGCAAGGGAUUCUUUAGGCGAAGCAUCCAGAAGAACAUGGUGUACACUUGUCACCGGGAGAAGAACUGCAUCAUCAACAAAGUCACCCGGAAUCGCUGCCAGUAUUGUCGGUUACAGAAGUGCCUGGAAGUUGGGAUGUCUAAAGAGUCUGUGAGGAACGACCGGAACAAGAAGAAGAAGGAUGAGAAGAAGCAGGAGUGCACAGAGAGCUACGUGCUGAGUCCAGACACGGAGCAGAUGAUCGACAGGGUUCGCAAGGCGCAUCAGGACACUUUCCCCUCUCUCUGCCAGCUGGGCAAAUACACUACGACUAACAGCUCGGAAAGGCGCGUCUCCUUGGACAUCGACCUGUGGGACAAGUUCAGCGAACUGUCCACCAAGUGCAUCAUAAAGACGGUGGAGUUUGCCAAGCAGCUGCCGGGUUUCACCACGCUCACCAUCGCGGACCAGAUCACCCUGCUCAAAGCUGCCUGUCUGGAUAUUCUGAUACUGCGGAUCUGUACUCGUUACACGCCGGAGCAAGAUACCAUGACCUUCUCAGAUGGACUCACGCUAAACCGAACCCAGAUGCAUAACGCCGGCUUUGGUCCCCUCACAGACCUGGUUUUUGCCUUCGCCAACCAGCUCCUGCCUCUGGAGAUGGAUGAUGCAGAAACGGGGCUUCUUAGCGCCAUCUGCUUGCUGUGUGGAGAUCGGCAAGAUUUAGAAGAAGCUGACAAAGUGGACAUCCUGCAGGAGCCCCUUCUGGAGGCCCUGAAGAUUUAUGUACGGAAACGGAGGCCCCACAAACCUCACAUGUUCCCCAAGAUGCUGAUGAAGAUUACUGACCUGAGAAGCAUCAGCGCUAAAGGAGCCGAGCGCGUCAUCACACUGAAGAUGGAGAUCCCUGGAUCCAUGCCGCCUCUCAUCCAGGAGAUGCUGGAGAAUUCGGAGGGACUGGAGAGCGGAGCUGCAGGCAGCAGGCCCAGCGGAGCCCCCCCAGGCAGCUGCAGUCCCAGUUUGUCCCCCAGCUCGGCCCAAAGCAGUCCCGCCACCCAGUCGCCGUAGUAACCGCUCUCUCCUUUUUAAGUGUUUUUUUUCCUCGUCAUAUGGUCUCCUCCCACGUGGUUCUGAACAGAAUGUGGGGGCGAAGGAGGCGGGCUUUGAUCCAAACUGAUGAUCACAGGAGACUGGCAGAGCCGCCUCCUUUCCUCCGAAGGCCUCCGUCACUAAGGAACGCUCUCCAUGCGGGAGGGGGGUGGGGCGAGGCUGGAAGGGGGCCGCCAGGAGCCGCGCCAUAAACCCCGCUGAUGACUCCUCCACCUCCCUCCUAUCCCCUCUCCUCUCUCCACCUUCCCUUAAAAAGGACGGAAACGGGUCUGGACGCAGCGGCUGUUUGGAGCGAGCGAGGGCGGCGCGGCGGGACGGAGACACGGACCAUGACUGACUCUCACACACAGCAGACACUUUGUCCUCGUUUCUCUGAGACAAGCUGCGACAGCGGAGCUCAUCGGAAAACCCUCCUCCUCUAAAGACUUGGGUUCUUUCCGCAUUUGUUUUUGUUUUGUUUUCAUUUUCAAAGAAAAACAACCAGAUUUUGUACAAAAGAUAUAUAAAUAUAUAUAAAAGAGUUACAGAACUAAGGUGGUUGGCGUGUCCGGGAGAAAAACGGCCAGGCUGACACCAGGACAAGUUUACCGCGCUGAGAUUGGGACUCCGUCACUGUUCGAAUCUCUUUCAUACCUAUCAAAGAUUAAUGAGAGACUUUCAGUUUCACCUUUGUAUAUUAUAAUGAAUAACAAAAAAGAAAAAAAAAAUGAUGUUGACAUUUCUCUCGAGUCGUACACAAAUGUUCACAGGAAACGUUGAAUAUAACCUAAUAUUCCAGGAUGGAUUUCUUUUGCCUUUAAUCCUCGCUUCUUCUGUUCUGUUUUUUUUUUGUUUUUGUUCCGCUUUUUCCUCCAAGAGAAUGAAAAGAAAACUGAUUGUAUGAACUUGGCUGUAUGAUAUCGUCACAGGUCCUCUCAAGAAAUCAAAUUAAUGAAGAGUCAUUAUUGAGGUGUAUUUUAAGUGGCUUUGAGUUUGUGUAAAUAAGCUGUAUUCAUUUCUUUAAAACUAUGAAGAGUUUUAGGCCUCGCCUUAUUUUUUUGUUUUUUUAUUGAAAUCCUGUGUUUUGUUCUAGUUUAUGUGGUUCAAGAAAAAAUACAUUUUUGAGCACAUUUUUACUGAAGGAAGUUCUUUCAUGUUUUAUGUCCUGCUAAAAGUGUUGGACGAGCCCUUCACCGAUCACUGGCUGUUCAGAAUGUGACCUUCGCACACACGUCCGACUCCCGCCCCUUUAAAUUCAAAGCUGUGUCUUUACUCUAUGAUAACUAGGCAUGGGCCGGUUUGCAUUUCGCUCAGUAAGAGUAAAUAAAUGCCUCACUUUCUGACUAUUUGAUUUCAGAAUAAGGAAAAUUGUAAUAAAAACACAAAUGAAGAA